AUGAAAAAUACUAAUGAUACUUCGACAUUUAAUAUAUCUGAUAAUACUUUAAAUUCUGAUGUUGCUCCUGAACGAAUAGAAAAUAAGAAUGGCAAUACAUCAGAAGAGAAAGCAAUUGACGAAUUUCUGGAUUCAAAGCAUAGAGAAACAGUUAGUAAAGAGAUCAUUCAGAGCAUUAAGGAGAAGAAACUUCGAGAUCAAGAGAAAAUCAUAACUUCCCAGGGUUCUUUGAGUGUAAAAGCUGAGGUAAGUGCAAUACCUGUAAUAUCUACAUCUCAACCUAAAAUAUUAUCUGAAAAACAGAAUAAUCUAAAAAAUAAUCGUUUCCACAUUAUUAAUAAGGUAUUGGAGCAGUACCCUAACAUAACUUUGCAAGGUAGUAGUAAUUAUUUUGAUGACUACGUAAUUAGUGCGAGCUUGCAAGAUAAUACCUAUAAAAUAACCGAUUCAUUAUCAGUAUGCCCUGCAUGUAAUCAAUAUCACAGGGAAUCUAUAUUAGGCAGAUAUAGAGAAGGAUCUUAUUAUAUUAAUUGCUUAUUUAGCUCAUCUAAAAUUGGAAUUGCGAUAACAGCAUAA